GCCACACGGUAGGGUAUACCGCCUACACGGUACCCCCAUACCGUGUAACGGUACCUAGGUACCGACGGUAGGCGUAGACGGUUGGCCGAACCCGUCCUAACCAGGUACCGCCAGAGGCGAACCGAACUUUUGGAAGACACGGUACCCCGAAACGAAUCAUGCCACCCAGCGAUGGGAAGAUCUUCCCAUCGAUGGGUAAGCAGUCCCCCAGCGAAACUGAUUUCCAGAACCAUGCCAAACAGCGAUGGGAAGUUCUACCCAUCGCUGUUAAAGCCUUGGUCCAACAUCAACACAAGGCAGAAUGCCCUUACCCAGCGAUGGGAGGGCAUACCCAUGGCUGGAAUGCUCGUCACUUCAAAAAGCAAAGAGCAUACAUCUCUUGGGGUGGCGACUCCGGUGAUGAGUCAAGCGAACAAGAGGAAGACGAGGAAGCAAACCUUUGUCUCAUAGCUCAAGAAAAAGAGGAGUCCGCCAACAACGAAAACCAAGAGCACCUUCCGGAAGAAGUCCGGAGACCGGGACGACGCAGGCCCGAGUCGUGCACCAGCCCCCGCUCCCGCCAAGGCCUCUUUGCAAUCCAUAGCCGAAACUAUGAAGGCGAGGACGAGGAGGAUAACUCCUAUGCUCCAUCCUCCUCCCCCGACGAGGCCGACUUUGAAGAUGCGGUCGACGGCGAUCCCAUGGACGUCGAGGACGGCGAGGAUGACGACGAGGACGCCGAUGCUUAGACUUUUUUGCUCUUCUUACUAUGAUUGUAUUUUUUAUUCCGUUGUAUUCCGCAUUUCCCUUUUUCAUGAAUAAAAGUUUACUUUUACAAUUCUAAAGUUUACUUUUAAUUCUUUUUGUUAAUGUCAAAAGGGGGAAGAUAUUAAGGUUAUGCAUAAAUUAAGGGGGAAUUU